UGACAGCCCCAUGGCCCCUCCUGGCUGCUGAUUCUGCUCCCCACCGCCCACACCAUGGGCAGCCCCUACUCAGAGUAUCUGAGCCCCACCAAAGUCCAGGAACACUACAACUAUACCAAAGAGACGCUGGAGACUCAGGACACGCUGUCCCGCCAGGUGGCCUCAGGGCUGAUCAUACUGCUCUGCAUCGCCAUCGUGCUGGAAAACUUCCUGGUGCUGGUGGCCGUGGCCCGUAACAGCAAGUUCCACUCAGCCAUGUAUCUAUUCCUGGGCAACCUGGCGGCGUCUGACCUGCUGGCCGGCGUGGCCUUCGUGGCCAACACGCUGCUGUCGGGCCCGAUGACGCUGGGCCUGACGCCAGUGCAGUGGUUCCUGCGGGAGGGCUCCGCCUUCAUCACGCUGUCCGCGUCCGUCUUCAGCCUGCUGGCCAUCGCCAUCGAGCGCCACGUGGCCAUCGCCAAGGUCAAGCUCUACGGCAGCGACAAAAGUUGUCGCAUGCUGCUGCUCAUCGGCGCGUCCUGGCUCAUCUCGCUGGCCCUGGGCGGGUUGCCCAUCCUGGGCUGGAACUGCCUGGGCCACCUGGACGCCUGCUCCACCGUGCUGCCCCUCUAUGCCAAGCCCUAUGUGCUGUGCGUGGUCACCAUCUUCUCGGGCAUCUUGCUGGCCAUCGUGGCUCUGUACGCGCGCAUCUACUGCGUCGUGCGCUCCAGCCACGCAGACGUGGCAGGCCCGCAGACGCUGGCGCUGCUCAAGACGGUCACCAUCGUGCUGGGCGUCUUCAUCGCCUGCUGGCUGCCGGCCUUCUGCAUCCUGCUGCUGGACUACGCCUGCCCCGUGCGCGCCUGCCCGGUGCUCUACAAGGCGCACUAUUUCUUUGCCUUCGCCACGCUCAACUCGCUUCUCAACCCGGUCAUCUACACCUGGCGCAGCCGGGACCUGCGGCGUGAGGUGCUGAGGCCUCUGCGGUGCUGGGUGCAGGCGGCCACGCAGGGCCGGCGGCGGCAUGGGGGACACGGGGGACGCCACCCUGGACAGCGGCUCCUGCCUUUGCGCAGUUCCAGCUCGUUGGAGCGGGGCACGCACAUGCCCACGUCGCCCACGUUGCUGGAGAACAACACGGUGGUGUGAGGGUGUGUGCGUGUAGGGGGGGAUACCCCCUGCUGCUUGCUCCCUGAAACCCACCAGGAUGGAGCCAUGAUGGGAAGGUCCGCGGUGGAUGCCCCGCCCAGGUGUGGCAUCCCGUGGCCACGCCCACCCCGAUACCGGGCACUGAUUGGCUGGUGAGCCAGUGGGCGGAAGUGCUGGCCCCCUGGAGGGCGGGCCUUGGAAGGGAGACUCCGCCCCCUCGCAGAACUGGGUCCUCCUGAGGACUGGGCUCUCCCUGGAUUUGGAAGAUGGGGCUGGCAGGAGGGACCCCAAUUGGGGUGAGGGCCUGUCUCCAACAUUUCACCCUUUGCCUUCCACCCCACACCCUCUAGGAAAAUUUGGCAUUUUGCUUUAGCCUGGAGGGGCUGGUGGCUUCUUUCAUUCAUCCUCCUUACCUCCCCC